UGUAUUUCCCAUUUCGCUGUUUGUCCCGGAACGCAACACUGCUACCAGGCUUUGCGUUAGCUUUGUUGUUGUAGUGAAGUAGCUAGUCUGCUAUGUUAGCCUGUUCCUGAUAUCUGUUUCCAGAUUAUCAACCCUAAAUAUGUCUUUUAAAAGGGAAGGUGAUGACAAGAGUCAGUUGAACAUCCUGAAGAAACGUCGUGUGGCAGAUCUUCUGUCUCAUUUUAUUCCAGAAGAUGAAGCAGCUCUCAUGAACAAUGGAAGAUACACUUGCCUUGUGUGCUCUUACCGUCCCGUCUUUGAUACGGUCGACACGCUGACAGUCCACAGAAACGGGAAGAGGCAUCUGGAAGGAUUGAAAGCAUUCUAUGGCAAGAAAGCUCGGCUGAAGAAUGAAAUAACCAAACGGCAACAUGAAAACUACGUCCAGACUGAAGACACAAGGCAGGAACCCUCCUGUUCAGCCCCUUUACUGGCACAAACACGGAAACUAACACAUCACGCUUUAUUGAAAACUGUACCCUAUAACAGCUGCCAUACAAAAACUAGUACAAAAUCUGAAAAAGGACUGCUGAGCAUCGACUCAGAACCCAGUGAACGCUCUUCCAGUAAACCGUCAUCUGAACAGGAAAAAGCAUGUCGGAAAAGUGAAGUUUCAAACUGUUCAUCACAGAGCAGUUCUAGUGGCUGCACAGCAGGGUCGCCUCCAGACAUAAAGGAAGCUGAGGCUGCAGUGACGCAGGAGGCAGAGCCGAUAACAGCCCAGAGGAGGAGAGAGCUGGAGCACUACCUCAAACUGAAAAGUGACGGGUGGCUGCAGGACCGGAGCGGCCAGUGGGUGAAAGAUGAGAAUGUGGAGUUUGAUUCAGACGAGGAGGAGCCGACUUCACUUGACCCCCAACCUACAAGUCACUGAGAGGACUUAGGACUGUGAAACACAGAUUGACUUGUACCACAGUGGUACAUUCUGAGGACACGGUGCUGUUUGAAACAGCCAGGGCCCCAUAUGCAAGGACUUUUUCAAAGACUUUUUAGAUUCCAUGAUUUUCCUGUACAUCUACAGCACCUGUGUAAUCCUGAGACUCACCAGUCAUUAUUUAUUAUCAACUGCACCUUUUAAUGCUUUUAUUUUACCAGGAGAAUCAAUUUACAGAAUCAGACUUAACAGGAAGGAAAAUUAACCAUUUAUUUUUUUAGAUCAAAUGACUGUCACUUUAACUUGCUGAAAAUUUGUGUUGCUGUUUUUGUUACUCAGGGAGACCUUCAAGAGAUUUGAAACCUUAAAGACUAAGAGAGAGAAUACAAUUUUUGAAAGAG